UCCCAAACUAUAGAUAUGCUCGACAAUCUCGAAGAAUCCAUAACCAAGUCGCCGCUUGUGAUCUUCAUGACUCAACCUCCCACCAUAAUUAAUAGUUGUGGAGAGAAAUUUUACAGUGCAGUUUCCACCCUUUAUGUUCUAGCUUAUAUUUUUCUUGGCAUUGGACUUCCCAUUUGCGCCUCCUUGGUCAAGAGGAGCCUUAUACAACAUUGAUUUGCCAACUGAUCAAUUCAUUCAACUAAAUCUGUUCAACAUUAAAUGAAUAGGGCAUCUUUUUUUUCUUUUCAUUUUUUUAUUGGCAUCGGGAGACCGAGAACGAAGCCCCGACUAAUCUCGGGGGUGCAUAGGCCUUCGCGCCUUCUCUCUUGCUCGGUUUCUUCUCCACAGCCCAAUGGCAGCAACAUCACCGCAGAAGACUUCGUUCAACCACAAAAAGGUCCCUGUUUUAGACAACCCGAUACAGAGCAGCCGUCUGUGCUCACCGAUUCACCAUCAACGACCAGCACCACCAUGGAAGCCAUCCUUGCACCACCCAACCGCCAUCCCACUACGUCAACAACCCCUCUUACCCAUCACGGCAGCGAACCACUGCUCAGCCUCAGCGCAUCAUCGCCUCCACACCGUGAGCUCUCCCACUUUAUCUCAAAACCACCAUGUGUUAGCCAAACCGCAGACCACCACCCUUGCUUCUCCACCGCAUGCCCUCCACGCCAACCCAACACCGAGGCCAUGCAUCACCUCCGCAAGCUCAACGACUCCAGCGAGAACCACCCAAAGUGGACGGAAGUUCCAACUGCUGUAAGCCAAGCCGCUGCUACCUUCCUCCGUUUGAUCACCAAUGGACGUUGCCACCUUCGCUCAACCAUGGAAAGCAUCUGUUUCACACAUCCAAAGCAGAGCAGUUCUCACGUCACCCGGAUCUACCGUGACACCAUCGAUAUUUGCCCAGCCACCUAGCUCAGCCCGAGUGCUCUGCCUCUCCUCCAUCUAUUUCUUCCUCUCUG